CCUCGUCCCGCAGAGAUGCUCCCCCCGGGCCGCGCCGCGGCGGCGCUGGCCGCGCUGGCCCUGCUGGCGGCCGCCCCCGGCUGCAGCGCGCAGCCCCGGGGCCCGGCGCCGGCCUUCGCGGAGGACGUGCUGCGCCUCUUCGGCGGCAACCGCAGCCUGUCGGCGGCGCAGCUGGCGCAGCUGCUGCAGCGCUUGGGCGCGGCGCGGCCCGGGGGGGCCCCGCUGCCCGCGCGCCUGCCCCUGCACCACAACCAGUGCCUGUCUGCUGAGGACAUCUUUUUUCUUCAUGGGUUGCCGAAUAACAGCCAGAUAACAAAUUACAGUCUCCACACGAUAUGUCCUGCUGUCUUACAACAGCUGAUUUUUCACCCUUGUGAAAGCCAGAAGUCCAAGAGCAAAUCAAAACCAACUCCAUCAGAAGUUUGGGGUUUUGGAUUCCUGGCCGUGACUAUCAUUAGCCUUGCAUCACUUCUGGGAUUGGUCUUAACUCCUCUCUUAAAGAAACCAUAUUUCCCCAAGAUUUUAACAUAUUUUGUGGGCUUGGCCAUUGGGACUCUCUUUUCUAAUGCAAUUUUCCAGCUCAUCCCAGAGGCAUUUGGAUUUGAUCCCAAAAUAGAUAACUAUGUUGAGAAAGCAGUAGCUGUGUUUGGUGGAUUCUAUAUUCUCUUCUUUGUGGAAAGGAUUCUUAAAAUGGUAUUGAAGAUCUAUGGCCAGGGUGACCACAAUCACUUUGAAAUUAAUGAAAAGAAUAUUCCCCAGGAUAAUGGUAAUCUACCCAAACCAGUGAAAUCCAGCAACGGAGUCACAUGCUAUGUAAAUUCAGCUGUAGUAGAGCCUAAUGGAACUCUUUCCUAUGACAAUAUCAGUGUGGAUCCUGGUCAGGAAGAAAAAAACCAAAGGUGCUCAUGUAAAUGUUUUAAGGGGCCCGCACUAUCCGAGAUUGGAACAAUUGCCUGGAUGAUCACACUGAGUGAUGCUUUACAUAACUUCAUUGAUGGUCUGGCUAUUGGUGCCUCCUUUACCUUGUCUCUUCUUCAGGGACUUAGUACAUCCAUAGCAAUCUUAUGUGAAGAGUUCCCUCAUGAACUUGGAGAUUUUGUCAUUUUGCUUAAUUCAGGAAUGAGCACUCGCCAGGCUUUGUUUUUCAACUUCCUUUCAGCCUGCUCCUGCUACAUCGGGCUGGCUUUUGGCAUAUUAGUGGGCAACAAUUUUGCUCCUCACAUCAUCUUUGCAUUAGCUGGUGGCAUGUUCCUGUACAUUUCUCUGGCAGAUAUGUUCCCAGAGAUGAAUGACAUGGUAAGAGAAGAAGUAACGGGAAGGAAAAAAGAUUUAACCUUCUUCCUCAUCCAGAAUGCUGGUUUACUGACAGGAUUUGCUGCUAUACUACUGAUUACCUUGUAUGCAGGAGACAUUGAGUUGGAAUAAUGUGACUGAAGAUGUUACCAAUAAUGAAGACAUUAAGUAAAUUAAAAAUGGAAGAACACUUGAAAUCCAUAAAGGGACUUUCAGUUCAUCUGCUUGGUUUUAAACAAUGACCCUGUUUUCUUCUGGAAACUACAGAUAAUUAUAUUCUCCUUUUAGGACUCCCAAAUCAGUCCUAUAAAGGGGACUUUCAACUUCUACAUAUUACAGAAACCUGAUUGAGAGAUUUGUAUUUUAAUUGAAUACCUGCAUAAUGAUAAAAAUAGCAUUAUAUGUUCAAUGGAAUUAAGCAGCAGGCAAUGCACACGUACUCCAUAUGACUCAGAUUAAAUGGAAGAGGGAUUCCUUGAGAAGGACAUCAAUACAGAAGAAAAUUGGUGAAAGCUCAUGGUCUUAUUGCAAGUAUUAUGAAGGAAGAGCGGUAUAAAACUGGUUAAUUAUAAUGUGGUUUUUUGCAGGGUUUGCUGGUGUAACCCCUAAAAAAAAAUCAAAAUUAUUUUAAAUAGAUAUGAAUUAUGCUAAGAUUUUAAUUAGUAAUUAACAGUGGAAGGAAAGAUACCCAAUUGCUGCUUUUCAUCUUUUCUUUUUUAUGUGCACUAGGCAACUCUAGAUCUAUUUUGAGAGCCACAUUUUUAAUAAGUAAAAAUGUUAUAUGAAAUUUAUAGCAAUUUGUGAAUUUUAUAUUGAUCUAAAGCCAUUAUGUAGCUUUACAUUUUACAAGCAUUUUAAUCUUGAAUUGUUUGACCUUAUUUUUUUAUUCAGUUAUAUUUUAAAUUCCUUGCAAAUUACUCUAAAAAGAAAAAAAUUGCCUUAAUUUUGGAAAAACUGUAAUUGUGAAUAUUGCCAAAUAACUGUUAAGAAAAAAAAUUAAAAUCAAUAUUCAGGAGGCUUUUCUGUUGCAUGUGUCAGUUCAGUGAAAAAUAUAGCUAGGAAAAUAUACAUCUUAGAGGAGUAGCCCUAUGUUUCUUGCAUGCUCAAAGUUUUACUGGAUCAUAUUGGAGCCAAAAUCUUGUUUAUAAGAAAGGUUUUUGCAAAUAAUACAACUCAAUACAUUAUGAGGGGAGAAGUGAAAGAAAUAAACACAGCAUUUCUUUUUAAUUACCUUAAUCUAGGACAGGGCUGCCUAACUCCUGGGCUGUAGGCAGCAUGUGGCCUGUGAGAGGUUAAGUUGAAUCCAAUCAGUUUGGGCUUCUAAAUGGUUGCUGCUCUCCCCAUUUCUUCUGCUACUGUUGCCGGGGGGGGGGGGGGGCAAGGCAACAUGGCUUGCAGGGCUCAUGGAGCCCUGUGGGUUUGAGGGGGGAGGCACUGAGUCCCAAAAGUGGCUUUACAGCAUGGCAAGGGCAGGGGAUGCACGGUAGUGGGGGGCCAUGCAGCACGGUGUGGAGCCCCCAGCCUAUUAGAUGUUGGACAGCCCUGUUCUAGGACACUUAUACUGUUUAAAAGUUCCUUAUUUAUUCACAUACCACAUUCACCUUUUUCUCAAAAAUUAGCAAUGGAAAACGUGGGGGACAAGGUACUGUUUUAAACAAGGAAAAUGAUUUUGAACAGUUUAUUUGAAAGGAAAUUUUUUUCUUUGUUCUGCCUCCUCAGAACAAGGUUCUUGUCUUAUUUGGAGGCAUGUAAUAUGUGAAUAAAUAUAGGAAAUAUCACCUUCAGCCUCAUUUUCUACUCGUGUGGAGAGACUGGGCUUUUGUUUUUUUGUUCAUGAUUAAGAUAUAUUUUCUAUAAGGCCUUCAGAAUGAUUUAUUGAGCAAAUUUCUUGUAUCUUAGUUUCUAAUGACAUUAAAAUACUCUGUUAAACUAC